UAUUGUAUAUACGUACUGUCAUAGCGGUUCUCGUUCACAACAAAUACGACGGCGACGGUGGUAUAGGUCCUUGCCUCACACCGGAUCAAAAUGCAACAGGACCGUUUAGAUGUUGGAGAGGAUUUUGAAAAGAGGAUCAUGGACUCGUUCAAACGGGCCGACGAAGACAACAGUGGCUAUCUCGACGCCAGAGAGUUGGGGCUCGUGAUGCGAGAGCUGGGCUUUAAUCCGACGGAAAGUGAUCUGGAAAAGAUAGAUACUGAUGACAAUGGAAAAAUAGAAUUCAACGAAUUAAGAGAUUACGUCAUCAAGGAACGCAAAAAACUACUACCACCAAGUGAAUUAGAAAAACAAUUAUGUGAAGCCUUUGGUUUGUUUGACACGUUCAGAAAAGGUUUCUUAACUUCAGACGAGCUGAAAGUGAUUAUGAAAGAAAGGGGGGAAACAGUUACGGAAGAAGAUUACAUGGAGUUUAUACAAGAGGCUGAUGACGACCAGGAUGGUCACGUGAAUUAUAAUGUAUUCAUCAAGAAGAUGAUUUGCGAAUACUACUAAUUUGAGCCAUCUUAAAUCCAUCGUGGCUUAUGGAACCAAGGUACCCGACAACUAAAAAGGAGCUGAGGAAUAUUAGCGUGAAUUGGACUGCAAUAGCAAAAAGCAUGCUGUUGAGCAAGGGAAACCGCCGCUGUGCGUGGGAUUAUUACAAAAUCGGAGAGUGCAACGUCAGAUUGAACUACCACAUAUCUUAGAAACGACAGAACCAUUAUACAAAUACGUAGCUGACAGAAGUGAAUGUUGGUCUUAUGUUUAUGCAUGGAAGUGCAAAGAUUACUACACAUUCUCUGUGUGGCAUGACAUGCGCACUCAACAAGGGUCUGGUUGAACGAGACUAGUGCAAACUACGAAGAUAUACGUGGAGUUUUUUGUAAUGUCUUUUUCUGCACUAGUACUUUUCAUUAAUCAGACGUCAUUUUACAGAAAUAGUGGGGUUAGUUAAAUAGUUGAGUCAAAUGUAUUUGAAAAUAAGUCCAAACAUUAAAAGACGGGAAAUGGUAUGGCUUACGUCAUAUUGCAAAAGUGUUGUAUUUCUGUGUUCAAAAUGUUAAUGUCAUGGAAUUAUGAAACGCCAAAUGAAAUAUAGAUAUAUUUACAGCUAACUUUUAAUUCAGCCAGAGGACUUCUGGUUAGUUCCCUCCCCCAGACUGCGCAGUUUGGUGCCCCUCCAUAUCCAUGCGCUGUACACUUGUAUAUAGGUUCUUUCGUUCAAAAUUGGGACUAUUUUCAGUAUGAUUCCCGUCUGUAGUAAUGACGUCACGAUGUUUCUUAAGGAAUAUUUCUUUUACCAAACUUUUCAUUCGUAUUCGUUUUACAUUUCUUUAUGUAUGAAUAACAUAACAUAGUAACACUAUUGACGAAGGAAGAAAUGCCAUGCCCUCAACGGCCCGGGUCUCGAACUCACGAUCUACGUCACCUAUAAUCGCCUAGUCAGAAAUUUCAGCAGCUUAUACUAAAAUUGUCUUCCUUCGUCAAAUGUGUUACUAUUAUAUAUACAACCUAUAAAGAAUCUAUCUGAGUGAUUUAAUUAAGUUGUCGGAUUAUAUAUUAAAGGGAGAUAACUCAAUUCCUGAAAGUAGGCAUAGAAACAAAAAAUCUGGAAAAAUAUGUUACUUGUGUUCAACUCAUUGACUUCAAUAAAUAAUUCACCGAUGUUGAUGCCCUACAGUUAGUCUGAGACUAGCCCGAGUUUCAUCUGGUCCUAACACCAGUCUGAUGUCAGGGCCAGAUGAAACUCGGGCUAGUUUGAGACAACUUUUGGCAUAUAUCUUGAAAUUGGUCUACUGAUAACGUUCGUAUGGGCUCGCAAUCUACUCCUACUUUUGUAUCAUGCAGAGCUAAAUGUAUGAUAUCCUUAUGCAUGUAUUACGAAAAUAAGUCGUCUGAAACGAUUGUAGCUUUCAUAACACGUAAGCCGUCAUCAUUGAUGACUGAUAUCUACCAUUGCAUUAUAGAUGUUUUGUUUUA